ACUUUCUUGUGGUUCUCGCUGGUUGACCACAAAUUCUCUGCGGGCUCGUGGAAUGGCUCAAGUUACGACAGCCACUGCUGCAGCCGUUGCGCUAGCAGAGGCUCUGGUGACGGAAGCUAAGCGCAAGGCUUCGUACACGGCUGUUGACGAGCACAUAACCACAGAAACACGAGUUGUGGGGAUAGGUUCAGGGAGUACGGUUGUGUUUUGCGUCGAACGAUUAGCACAACGCGUAAAAUCUGAGAACCUGGGGAUAAAAGCUUGCAUUCCAACAUCAUUCCAAGCAAAGCAGUUAAUCAUCGAGGCUGGGUUGCCACUAUCUGAGUUGAACCAGUUCCCCGACAUUGAUGUGGCCUUCGAUGGUGCGGAUGAGGUCGAUGCACAGUUGAAUUGCAUCAAAGGCGGUGGUGCUUGUCAAUUGCAGGAAAAACUGGUUGCGAGCUGCGCAAAGAAGUUUGUCAUUGUCGCAGACUACAGAAAGAACUCGAUGGUUUUGGGAGAGCAGUGGAAGCUGGGUGUACCGCUAGAGGUGAUUCCCAUGGUGUACGCUCCGUUACUCUCGAAACUUCGGGCGCUAGGCGCAAACCCUGUUCUUAGGAUGGCUAUGCGCAAAGCAGGGCCUGUUGUAACGGAUAACGGAAAUUUCGUCAUAGAUGCAGACUUCGGUGGCAUUCAAGAUCCUGUCGCGUUGGAACGUAUGUUAAUUGCGAUUCCCGGUAUAGUGGAAACGGGACUCUUCUGUAAUAUGGCGAAAUGGGCAUACUUUGGAAUGCAGGAUGGUUCUGUUCAACUGCGCAGUGCCUAGAUCUGAGACGAAAGGCAGGGCCCUAUUAUUCACGAAGACCACAUGAGGCGCAUCUCCGCAUUUUUCAUAUGGAUACAGAAUAUAUUGCAAGCCACAUAUACAUGUAAACCCGAUUCUCAACUCAACUCCAUCAAUGCCACAAA